GACAUGCGCCAGCGGGUGAUAGUUAGUGGGGCGUGGGGAAGCCGACGUAGUAGAAUUCGGGAUGUGGGGAGUUGAGAUGCCCGACCACCUCAGUCGUCCAAUGGGCUUACGCUCUCUCCCGAACCCCGAGUACGACGCGUCUUGAACGUACAUAUCGAACUUCGGAUCCCCUUCUCGUGGAACUCAUCGUUUUUAGUUUUUCUUGGAUAUACAACAAUGCCGUCGACUUCAGACAACGCACUUGCGAGCCUCCAAGCGACUGCCUUCACGGCACGUUGCCACAACGCAUAUUUCCGUCAAAAGCAACUAAAGUCCCUUCACGAUGUCUUGCGCAACGACAGUUCUGUCAUCAAGGACGCAAUUAGUCAAGACAGCCAUGUGUCCGAGGGGGAGGCAGCUACCGAAGUUGCCGUAGCCCUUGACGUUGUGAGAGAGCACUACGACUCCGUAGAUGCAAAGAAAGAGCUGGCGGAGGAGUAUCGCGUCACAAAUGGCAAGGAUGCUAGCGACAGGAGAGAGCCUCUAGGCGUCGUUUAUAUUGAGCCGUUGCGGACCCAUACACCCUUCUUCUCGACAGUUGUGGCUGUGAGUGCGGCUUUGGCGGCUGGCAAUUGCGUUGCUUUGAAAGUUGAGAACAACACGCGUACUCUCCCAUCACUUUUGCGUACACUGCUUUCGAAAGCUCUCGAAGCCGAUACCUUCGCCGUCGUCUCCUCGGAUCCUUCCACUGAAUCACUGGCAACAUGUCUUCAAGUAAGGCAAGAAACGCACAUUAGCCAACCCAACUACACGCAACUUGCAUCUCCUAAGAGCAGGGUUAUCGCUGUUGUGGACCGCACUGCCGACCUCGCCGUAGCAGCUGAACACUUGGUGACGGCGCGCUUUUCAUUCGGUGGCACUUCCCCAUACGCUCCCGAUCUGGUACUUGUGAAUGAGUUUGUGAAGAAGGAGUUCCUAGAACAUGUUAUGAGACAAUCAAUCCGCUUCCUGGCGGGUCCCAACGGCAGUGCAAACACUUCGACCACAAAAGCACAAAAGCCAGGUUCGCGGACAGCAGAAGCCUUCCAGGCUCUUUCUUCCAGUGAAGACUGGAACCUGAGCGUGGUCACACAGGGUGAUAACGGUGCCAUCGUUGAGCUCUCCGAUCUCACUGCCCUACCACUGAAGUCCAGCCAACCCAUCUUCUCCAUAUCUGCAACAACAUCCCUCGAGCACGCCAUCAGCCUGAUCGACGAAGACACCGAGCCCCAAGACACACUACUCGCUGCGUACUUCUUCGGCACACCAUCUGCGGGGAAAUACCUCUCCCAAUUCAUCAAAGCAGACGUCUCGUUCGCAAACCACAUUCCAUACCGCCUGCUUCUCGGCCCAGCCGCUCCAUCCACCCAAGCCAUCGAUAUCGAGAAGCGGUAUACAACACAUCACUUCACUCGGGCGUCACCAGCAUUCAUCACUCCACCAUCCUCGCAGACCACAAUUUCGGCUGCUGUUGCUAGCAAAGAUUCGCGCAAAGCAUCGGCGGAUUUGCUAGCGAAAGCCACACAGGAGAUCAAAGAGAAGAAGCGCGCGGAAUGGAUAGCGAUUGGGUAUUUCGAACAGGGUAUCUUGCUGGGACUAGGCUUGGUAGGUAUCCCGCUCCUGGCGGCUUUUGGCACGUCGCUGUACCAUGGUGUGGGAUAUGGUGUGAGUUAUGGUUUGAGAAGAUGGAGGAAAUAGGACUUGUGAAGCAUGGAUGAAGUCGUUUAUGUCUGUACUCUGUGCGAGAAAACGAGAGUCACUCAAUCUGAUCUUGCAACAUCAUGCUUGUGUGCACUUGAUCUUGUGUUCAAUGAUUUUGUUUUGUGGGAUCGGGAUCUUGCGGCUGUGAUGGAGUGUACCAG